AUUUUGCGAGAAAAACGAUAGGUCAUAAGAUAACAGUAAUCUAAUUCGAAUUCACGGAACCAAAUGAAAGGAGCUGUCAGACGAGAGAGGUUGAACCACGUGCAGUUGCCUCAAUAGAUUGCUUUGAAAAUGGCAAAUAGAUCCGCGGAGAACACUUCUCAGGGGUACGCGCUCUGUUGUGGAUGUCGAUAUUUUCAGGAAUGACUGCACUCAAGAUUCGCGUCCGCUCGUUCUGCGAUUUGGUUGUUUCGUUGCGCUGUCGUCUCCUCGAGGUAUAUCGUUUGUUCAUUGAAAAAUAUUCAAAUUCGCAGCAUGAAAUUUGCAAAACGUUAUUUGAAGUUUUAUACGCUGUUAUUCAAAAACAAUUUCAUGUAAUAUAAAAUGACAGGUGAAUCAUCCCCAGCUGAAGGUUACAUCACAGUUCAGUCUAGAAAUGCUUGUCAUAUUAACUAAUAGGUUGUGCAUGAUAUUUUUUGAAAGAGACAAAUUUUUUGCAUUUCUACAAUUGAAAGCAAUUACAUUGUCAGUAAUCUCAAUAUUUAAAACUUUAACCCAGAUGAAACAGCAGUGCCACCAGGACUUCACUCCAUUGGUGUUCAUUAGGUACAAGGCAACUCAAAAAGCCAUGGAUACCCUUAGGUAUACUUCCAGUAUAUUUCAACAAUAUUUUACAUGCAGGCUUGACAUUGAUUAAACCAACACUGACCUAAAUCCAUUUUAAUCAGAGUGAGGAUGGAUAGUCAUGCAUGUCAUUUUUAGUGACAGGUGAUUCUAGUUAACCAUAUAUGAAUAAAGCUGAGGUGCACAAGUCUUAUAGUAUCAGUGUAUCAAUCACUUUAUUGAAUUCAGUACACACUAUUGAUUUAUUUUAGAGCUUUGUUGGAUAUUGCCAAAGUGUUAGGAAUCUGCUACCUAUAUGCCUCCCUGUGAGGCAGCCUUUUUGAUGACAAUGGUAAGGACGUGGGCUUGAUUACCAACCUCUGUUUCUGAAUCAACCUCGCUUUUCCCCACCAUUAUUAUUAGCUUUUGAGACACUGAUGGUUCACCUAGUGACCCUCAUGAUUUUCAAGCUGUAACUCAAGAAAAUCAACAUAAAAUUAUUUUUAAAUUCACCAGUGAGACAACAGUCUAUUGGACAACAGAAGUCAGUUCUCAUUGAUUAAGGCAUGCAACCUCAAUUGAAAAUUUACCAUGGCAAGCACAUCAUAAAAUGCAAGAUUGUCUUGAAAAUAAAAUUUAAGGAACAAACACAAGUUAACUAUCAAACAACAAGUUGAUGAAUAUUGUGUGCAAAAUGAAUAUGUUUCCACCAGAGACACUAUCAUGUAUUUAGUGAUGUAAUGGAUUGAUCAUCUUAUUUCCAUGGCUUGUGGAAAACAUCAGCAAUCCCUGUAUGAUGAUGAUGUUGAGAUAAGGGUGAUGCACCCCACUUUAUCAUCAAACAGGAUGAUAGUUGGCAGCAUGAUAGCUGGUCAGUGGUCUCUGAGCAUUCGUGUCACUCACAUCGUAUCUUGUAGCUCAUAUUUAUAACUUACCACAAUUUCAAAUCUCUUAAUUUACUUCUAACUUGAAAAUUUUAAAAUGAUUAAGAAACAAAAAACAAAUAAUAAUACAAUCAAAUAAUACAAGUGUAUGAUGUUUUGUCAUAAAAUUUACCAAUUUUUUGUGUAAUAUCUUGGUAUAUCUUUCAGGAAAUGACAGUUGCCUUCUAAGACACCUGAUUGAGGCAAUCAGGCAAGCCAGGGAGGCAUCACGUGCUCUUAAAGCUCACAGGUAAAUGUCACAGUGUCCUGUUUAUUUUGUUAACUAUAACUGCCAUAAUUUUGUAACUCAACUUACAUUAAUUUGAAUUCACAGGGAUCUCUUGCAAAGGGAUAGAGCUCUAAGGGCACAACAAGACAAAGAGUUUCAAGCUUCUGUAAGUUUUAUAGAUCUUAGAUGAAAUUGGAAGCAUUGAACUGAUUUAGAAUUAUGUACCAAAGAUAGUUUAAUCCGCAUCCACCACUUGUUCAUUUGUUCACAGAUAGCAGUAUGCACUAGAAAAACAAAUAUUAGGUACAUUGAUGUGAAUUGCUAUCAGAAAAAGAAAUCAUGAUGUAUAUUUUUUUAUUCGUAAAAUAGAAAAAUUAAAAUACAAACAAGACUGAGGAAAAUGGAAAUAUGAUUGUUGGCUUUAAUUUAUUUGAAAUGUAUUUUAUGAAGUGGUGUCAUGAAUUAUUUUUUAUGAAUUCCAUUGUUGCAGGAGGUUUCUGACAGGGCCAAUCACACCCAAACAGAGGUUAUAGUAAGUUCAAGUUUUGAUAUAUUUUUAAAAGAUUUGUGACCCUUAAAAGAGCAGGAUAUUAACCCUUUUAACUUCCAAGAUCUGAUUGGUAAUUCUCCCCUCUAGCUGCUACACAUUUCCUUGUAAAUUGGUUCCAAGAAUUUUGUAUUCAAUCAAGAUAAUAUCUUGUACCUGAUAAGUCUGAGUAUUCUCAUUACCUGUUUGCUAGAUAAUGUAUCAAUACUAUAGGGAGAAAGUACAUGUUAAUCAUUUCUAGGAGUUAAAGGGUUAAUGUGGCACAUUUACAGUUGUAGUACUUCUAAAAUAUAUUUUUAAAUGUGGACAUAUCUAUUUACAUGUGUGUCUCACUUCUUUCAAAGGCGGACAGACCUCAAGACCCAGAAAACAAG